GAAAUGGCAAAAAGACCAAAAAAAAAAAAAAAAGCCCAGGUCUCAUCUCUACCAGACGUGGUUGAGAGUCGAGAUAGGAGUUGUUCUGGCAAAUUCCUCUGUGACUGUGAAUCCAUGAAAUCAGACAAGCUACGUGCCCCCAGAUACAAGUGGGACCCGCCCGGGACAAACAUUCCCAUCACAAGGGGACAAAUCAGAAGGAAGGGUGGUGGGUCCCACCCCGGCAAAGCAGAGGUCAGGGGCUAUUUAGUCUGGAGACGGGUCCUGCCGACUUGGUCCCCUCCCCCCACCACGGCCUGGAGCAGCCUCUUCCCCUGGCUCUGGUCGGUUCGGCCAGACUCAGCCCACAGCCCUGCCAAGGCUCCCUGUGCCCUGCACAGUGCUGAGCAGCAGUCUUGGGCUGCACCCCUGGGAGCCAGGAGCACCCCCGGUUAGAACAACGGAAAAUGUCUUUGGGCACAGCCACGUAUCCCCUGGCACAGAAACACCCCUGUUUGAGACCUACAGACUCCAGGAAUCACUUCAUAUCAAAUCAGAUCGACAAACAUUUAAGCACCUGUCAAUAUUUAAAGAAUGAAUGUUCCAGCCUGGUGCUAGGUGCUAAGAGCCCUGAACACAAACAGAUAAGAAGGGCCCCAGUCCAGGGCACCCCAGCCCUGGUGAUGAGGGGCAGACAGACAGCCCCACAUGGAAACAGUGAAAUCAUAAAUGUUUUACUUUCCACGUGAGGCUCUGGAGCCGAGGGGCUGGGGGCUGGGCCUCUUCUGAGAGAAAGUUCCAGGUGGGCAGCAGGCAAGGAAGGGGUGCGGGUGAGGAGCCACCCCCACCCCUGUGUGACCUCAAGCGUGUUCCCCUCGACUCUGGGCCCUGGGAUCCGAGGAACGGAGCCUGGCCUGGUGGGAGGAGUAGGGGCCUGGUGGGGGGACCCCGGAUCUCCAGCCACCCCAGCCCACCCUGCCCUGUCAUCCUGCUCCCGGGCCCGCCCAGCUGGAGCCCCUGGCCCCUGCCUCACUCCUUGGCAACAUCCUCCCAGUGUCUGACACACCCUGGACCAGCUUCCAGGGGUAAAUCCAGGCGCUGAGGCCGUCCGCAGGGCCUGAUCGGCGUCCUCCCGCGGGAGAGGGACUGUCAGCUCCAGAGCCGCGCUGGGGCCAGCAGGCAGCAGGUGUGGCCUGUGCCCGCCAGCUCCCGGCCAGACCCUCCAGAAGCCCAGGGAGGCUGCUGACAGAGGGAGGGUCAGGUUGAGAGAGAAAACAGGGACGACCCCCUGCCCAGGAACCGAGGGACGAGGGGCAGAGGCGGUUACCAGAGGCUGGCGGGAGCCUGCGUGAUGGGAGGGGCUCGUCAGGAAAGGGAGCCCCUGCCACCUCGGCCCAGCCGUCAGGGUGAGGCAGAGAGGUGGCUGACCUCUGAACCUCCCCAGCUCAGGUCCUGGCCGGCGGAAGCCUUUAUAGGGUCCUUAUGGACACAGCCGGGUGGAGAGUGGGUCUGGGGUCCGGGUGGACAGUGUCCAGCCCAGGGCCGAGCUCUGCUAAUUGUCUGCCACACUGAUCAAGGCCUGUCACCUCCGUGGGACCUUAAGCCUUUUGGUCUUCGAGCCGAGGUGCGCGAAGGAGUGAUGGAGUCUGGGGCGCUUGGAGAUGGGGGCCUGGGCCUCACCCCGGCCCGGCUGAGACCUGGCCACGGUUGGGAAGUGUGGCCCCUGCCCACGGGCAGGCUCUGUCUUCCAGAAGCAGAAAGAGGACAAAGGGAGAGGAGGGUGUGGCCUGGCGGCUGCUGGACAUUUGGAAUCUGCCCCACCCCGGCCCUUGUCGCUUAGUGUCGACCGUGGGCAGCCACCUCCCCCGCCCCAGCAGAGCAGUAUAAAACCACCCGAGGUCAGCUGCCCGCUGCCUGCCUGUGACCAUGAAGCCUGUCCUCCUCGCCCUGUUAGCUGCUGGCUUGGCCCUGCCGCCAGGCACCGCCCUGCAGUGCUACUCCUGCCAGGCCGAGGUCAGCAACGAGGACUGCCUGCACGUGCAGAACUGCAGCCGCUCCGAGACGGAGUGCUGGACCGAACGCAUCCGUGCUGUCGGUCUCCUGACCGUCAUUAGCAAGGGCUGCAGCGCGCACUGCGUGGAGGACUCAGAGAACUACUACGUGGGCAAGAGGAACAUCACGUGCUGCUCCACCGACCUGUGCAACGCCAGCGGGGCCCAUGCCCUGCAGCCCGCCGCCGCCGGCGCCCUGGCGCUGCUCACCGCUCUUGGCGGGCUGCUGCUUGGGGGCCCCCACCAGCUGUAGGACCCAGGAGGACCCCGCUGUGCCCCUUGCUCACACUCCUGGGCCUGCCUCAGGUCGGCGAUGCCCAUCUGCCCUUUCCAGCACUCCCUGGCUGCCAGCCCCCCUGCCCGGCCUUCUGGGCGCUGGUGAUGCGGGAACGCCCCGCAGACGGCCCCUCAGACCCCUGGGCCCUGGGUGGCAGCUGUCUCCACUGUUCAGUACUCCGACCCACCCCUUAACCCUCGCUCAGGCACCUCUUCCUCCAGGAAGCCCUUCCUGCCCACCCUCUCCACCGCUGAGCUGGGCCCUGCGUGGGCUCCCCCGCACCCGGCAUGGAGCACCUCUCAGGAGGGCCCCCAAAAGCCAGGGGUGAACCCCUCUGAGCAGAAUUGGGGCCACAGGGGUACGAGGUCCUGGGAGCCCCAAGCGAUGAACAUGGGAGGGGAGACCAUUUUCUCAUGUCCGGGGGUCCUGGGGUAGCAGCCCCACCACACAGCAGGUCCUCAAUAAAGGCCCACGAGCCUGGCUGCAGAC